AUGGCUGCUUAUCUAUUAAAAUACCAGGUAAUUUGCUCAUUAGAUACCUCGCUUUCCCCGGCCCCGGCAGCCUGCUCGUAUCCUUCAACAAUGGCUAGCACCGUUCUCGUUCUCGACGUUACUGUCGAGCCCUCGAAUCUAGAGGAAGGGCUUUACGGAAUACUGAAUCAUGUGAGGGAAGGAUGGAAUAAGGACGACAUCAUCUUUAAGAAAAUGCCCAGCUUUUUUAGCAGUAACCAGAACACGGUUUGUCGUACAAGUGAUGACAUGGCAGGGGCUGUUAUGAUCCGAGUAUGCUGCGGGCAGGGGGACACCCAGCAAGAGCUAGCAGCAACACAGCUCCUCCAUGAAAUAUUGGCGUCACCUAGGCUGAUCUGUACGUUCAAGAAUGGAGUGUGCCAUGAAUUUGUUCAGGGGAAUUCGUGCAAUUGGAAUGACAUCAGCGCUUUCAAGGACGUCAACAUAGCCAAAGCGGUAGCAAGGGAAGUCGCCAAGAUUCACAGCGAGCAGGCUCUCCAUCUAGCCUUGAAUAAGUAUGGUAUAAAGGACCAUGUGGUGCCGUUUGGAUAUCUGUUCGGGAUGUUGCAAAAUUGGUCGACAAACACAGGAAACUCUGAAAUCGAUGCAAUGUUAUCAAGUCAUUUUCCAUCGGCUGAUGUCCUGCAAAAGGAGAUAGAAGGCUUGAUGAAGAUGGUGACGGAUGAGGGCAUUGCGACUGUGUUCGGCCACAAUGACGCCAAUCCGACCAACGUCAUUUACAACCCGGCACAAGGCGUGGCCACUUUGGUAGACUAUGAGGUGUGUGGAAUGAGCCCAGAGACAUAUGACCUAGCCUCUUUCCUGGAAAGUUCCGCAACAGGAAUGUACCCGGAUGUAGACGCUCGCCGUCAUUCGCCAGAUUUUCAGAAGGAAUUUCUCAAGGAAUAUAUUAAAACGAAGAGGAUUCUGGAAGGAAGUGGUGAUGACAUCACUGAGAAGGAUGUCGAGAAGCUAUACAUACUGACGACGAAAACAGUGCUGAUCGUAUAUUUGAUAUCUGCAAUGGCGUUUGUCACAAUCGGCGCGAACCCUAUGCCAGGUAGCGGUAUAGCUGGCAAGGAUCUGAUCGGGUUAGGUAUAACCCGUUACAUGUGGUAUCAAACCAAUAAGGAAGAAAUAUUGGCACUUAAAGUUCCGGAAUAAACCGCUUAUUCCUAGACGGGCUAUGUUCUCUAUUGCUAAUGACGCUUGGCCUGACCGCUAUCGCCUGUUGACAAUUACGCAGAAUCCUUUUUUGCCGCCUCGAACCAGGAUGUAGAUAUCAAGUUGAGGUGGUAAAUAAAUCAUACAAUUCGUAGAAACUAGAGUAGCACAGCUGUAUUGUUUAAUAUCUCGAUUGUCAACUCCUACCUUCAUUCGCGUCUGGAAUAGAUCUAUAAUUGUCGAGUGAGCCUUUUGUCUAACUAUUCUUCCUGACAGUGAUUUUGUGACUGUCUUUUAUUUCCAGCGCUUGUUUACUUCCACCAGUACAUCAUCUCUAUCUACAUGUAUAUCAUUUUUUGGCUGACGCUUUUUACGAGUUCAAAAGAAAGGUGGAAGAAUCCUGCAUGGUCUGGUAAAACCCAUCAACGAGGAAGUUCAAAACAACUUACCCUAACCCAUUUCUGCUCAAAGGCAAUAUCAAAUAACAUG